UGUGCUUUUGACAGCACUCACAACGCGAGACACACUGGAAGAUUUGAUUGCGUUAGUGUUGGUGGCUAAACUGUUGUAAGCUUGGCACAGAUUCAAGCCAUUUUGCAAGGUUAACUGAUUUUACUUGACGCCGUUAUAAUCUGGUUUCUGCAACAAUGCCCCAAACAGGCGAAAACAAAGAUAUUUUCAUGCUGGAAAAUUACAUCGGUGGAAAGUUUAUACCGUGUUCAGCAUACAUAGACUCAUACGACCCGUCCACCGGAGAGGUGUACUGCAAAGUUCCGGACAGUGGCCCGAAAGAGGUGGAGGCGGCAGUAAAGGCAGCCAAAGAAGCCUUUCCUGAGUGGUCAGCCAAGAGCCCAGCCGAAAGAGCACAGAUCUUGAACAAAGUAGCAGACCUGCUGGAGGCUCGUCUGGAAGAGUUUGCCCAGGCUGAGUCCAAAGACCAGGGAAAGACCAUAACUUCUGCCCGCACGACUGACAUCCCCAGAUCGGCGUAUAACUUGAGGUUCUUUGCCUCCUCUGUUCUUCACCAUACCACAGAAUGCAGUCAAAUGGAUCAUAUGGGUUGUCUCCACUACACCGUCCGCUGCCCUGUUGGAGUGGCUGGUCUGAUCAGCCCCUGGAACUUUCCCCUUUACCUACUCACUUGGAAGAUCGCUCCAGCUAUUGCCACGGGCAAUACAGUUGUGGCUAAGCCCAGUGAGAUGACGUCCGUCACGGCCUGGAUGCUGUGCAAACUGUUGAAAGACGCAGGUGUCCCAGAUGGUGUAGUGAACCUGGUUUUUGGGACUGGUCCUCGUGCAGGAGAUGCUCUGGUGUCACAUCCUGAUGUCCCAUUGGUGUCCUUUACUGGUAGCACAGCCACAGCGAGACUCAUCACAGAGCGCAGUGCGCCGUUCUGUAAGAAACUCUCACUGGAACUGGGGGGCAAAAACCCUGCCAUUGUGUUUGCAGAUGCCAAUUUAGAUGUUUGCAUGAGCACCACUGUGAGAUCCAGUUUUGGCAACCAGGGAGAAAUCUGUCUGUGUACCAGCAGAAUCUUUGUGGAGCGCAGUAUCUUCUCAGAGUUCUUAGAAAGAUUCGUGGCAGCAGCACGUCAGUGGAAGACUGGGGUUCCCUCAGACCCCAAGAACCAAAACGGUGCACUUGUCAGCAAGGAGCACUUAGAGAAGGUGCGGAGUUACGUGGCAUUGGCGCGGGCAGAGGGUGCCCAGGUGCAUUGUGGGGAGGGUGUCGACGUGCUAGAGGUCCCAGACAAGAAUGUAGGGGGAUACUAUAUGCUCCCUACUGUCAUCUCCGGGAUGAAAGACUCCUCUCGCCUGAUGCAGGAGGAGAUCUUUGGGCCUGUCACCUGUGUGACGCCCUUUGACUUGGAAGAGGAAGUGAUAACACGGGCGAAUGGCGUUCGGUACGGUUUAGCAGCUACUGUGUGGUCACAAGAUGUGGGCCGUGUGCACCGAGUUGUAAAGCGAUUAGAGUCUGGGUCAGUGUGGGCCAACUGCUGGGCCGUGAGUGAUCCUAACCUUCCCUUUGGAGGGAUGAAGAAUUCAGGCGUUGGCAGAGAGGGAGGAAAAGACUCAUAUCACUUCUUCACUGAAGUCAAAUGCAUCACCAUCAAACACUGAAGGGCAGAACAGACACAGACAUGUUCAAGCUAAAAAUGAUCAGAGCACAAUUUAUUCCUUAUCGCUUCUUGAAUAAUCACCUUUUGGGAUGCAGAGUUUGAUUUAAAUAAUGUAAAAUAAAUAUAUAAUAGAUUUAAAAGAGCACUCAUGACACACAUCAUUUAUGUUUUUCGACUGGGGAAACAGGUGUACACUCUUCUCAGCCAAUCAAAACCACAAUGUUUUGUUUAGCUGAAAACCAGCAGGACUCAGAAUCAUCCUAAAUUUCCUUUGGAAUCAACAAAGUAUCUAUCCAUCUAUCUAUCUAUCUAUCUAUCUAUCUAUCUAUCUAUCUAUCUAUCUAUCUAUCUAUCAUCAUCAUCAUCGUCACCAUCAUCAUCAGUUCUGCUAUAGAUAGGCAAGCAGUGCUACCAAGGUAAAACUAGGUAUUAUACAUCAAACAAAAUGUCAUAUGGGGUUAAUUUGUGUCAUAUUUGUGUGUGUUCCUGCGUUUUCUGUUGUUGCGGCAAAUUCAUCAGUAUUAAAUUAACACUGAGAGUGAA